UGUCCCAGUCCUGUAACCGUGUCCCAGUCCUGUAACCGUGUCCCAGUCCUGUAACCGUGUCCCAGCCCUGUAACUGUGUCCCAGCCCUGUAACCGUGUCUCAGUCCUGUAACCGUGUCCCAGUCCUGUAACUGUGUCCCAGUCCUGUAACCGUGUCCCAGUCCUGUAACUGUGUCCCAGUCCUGUAACCGUGUCCCAGUCCUGUAACCGUGUCCCAGUCCUGUAACCGUGUCCCAGUCCUGUAACCGUGUCCCAGCCCUGUAACCGUGUCCCAGUCCUGUAACCGUGUCCCAGCCCUGUAACCGUGUCCCAGUCCUGUAACCGUCUCCCAGUCCUGUAACCGUGUCCCAGUCCUGUAACCGUGUCCAGUCCUGUAACCGUGUCCCAGCCUGUAACCGUGUCCCAGUCCUGUAACCGUGCUUCCCAGUCCUGUAACCGUGUCCCAGUCCUGUAACCGUGUCCCAGUCCUGUAACCGUGUCCCAGUCCUGUAACCGUGUCCCAGUCCUGUAACCGUGUCCCAGUCCUGUAACCGUGUCCCAGCCCUGUAACCGUGUCCCAGUCUGUAACCGUGUCCCAGCCUGUAACCGUGUCCCAGUCCUGUAACCGUGUCCCAGUCCUGUAACCGUUGUCCCCAGUCCUGUAACCGUGUCCCAGUCCUGUAACCGUGUCCCAGCCUGUAAGUGUCCAAUCCUGUAACGUGUCCCAGUCCUGUAACCUUUGUCCCGUCCCGUCUGUAACCUUCCCAGUCCUGUAACCGUGUCCCAGUCCUGUAACCGUGUCCCAGCCCUGUAACCGUGUCCCAGUCCUGUAACCGUGUCCCAGUCCUGUAACGUGUUCCCAGUCCUGUAACCGUGUCCCAGUCCUGUAACCGUGUCCCAGUCCUGUAACCGUGUCCCAGUCCUGUAACCGUGUCCCAGUCCUGUAAACCUGUCGUCCCAGCAUGUAACCGUGUCCUAGUCAUGUAACCGUGUCCCAGUCCUGUAACCGUGUGUCCCAGUCCUGUAACCGUGUCCCAGUCCUGUAACCGUGUCCCAGUCCUGUAACCGUGUUCCCCAGCCCUGUAACCGCGUCCAGUCCUGUAACCGUGUCCCAGUCCUGUAACCGUGUCCCAGUCCUGUAACCGUGUCCCAGUCCUGUAACCAUGUCCCAGUUCUGUAACUGUGUCCCAGUUCUGUAACCGUGUCCUAGUCAUGUAACCGUGUCCCAGCCCUGUAAGUGUGUUCCAACCCUGUAAGUGCGUCCCAGUCCUGUAACCGCGUCCCAGUCCUGUAACCGUGUCCCAGCCAUGUAACCGUGUCCUAGUCAUGUAACCGUGUCCCAGCAAUGUAACCGUGUCCCAGUCCUGUAACCGUGUCCCAGUCCUGUAACCGUGUCCCAGUCCUGUAACCGUGUCCCAGUCAUGUAACCGUGUCCCAGCCCUGUAACCGCGUCCCAGUCCUGUAACCGUGUCCCAGUCCUGUAACCGUGUCCCAGUCCUGUAACCGUGUCCCAGUCCUGUAACCAUGUCCCAGUUCUGUAACUGUGUCCCAGUUCUGUAACCGUGUCCUAGUCAUGUAACUGUGUCCCAGCCAUGUAACCGUGUCCCAACCCUGUAACCGUGUCCCAGUCCUGUAACCGUGUCCCAGUCCUAUAACCGUGUCCCAGUCCUGUAACCGUGUCCCAGUCAUGUAACCGUAACCCAGUCCUGUAACCGUGUCCCAGUCAUGUAACCGUGUCCCAGUCCUGUAACCUUGUCCCAGCCCUGUAACCGUGUCCCAGUCCUGUAACCUUGUCCCUGUCCUGUAACCUUGUCCCAGCCCUGUAACCGUGUCCCAGUCCUGUAACCGUGUCCCAGUCCUGUAACCGUGUCCCAGUCCUGUAACCGUGUCCCAGUCAUGUAACCGUGUCCCAGUCCUGUAACCUUGUCCCUGUCCUGCAACAUUGUCCCAGCCCUGUAACCGUGUCCCAGUCCUGUAACCGUGUCCCAGUCCUGUAACCGUGUCCCAGUCCUGUAACCGCGUCCCAGUCCUGUAACCGUGUCCCAGCCAUGUAACCGUGUCCUAGUCAUGUAACCAUGUCCCAGCCAUGUAACCGUGUCCCAGUCCUGUAACCGUGUCCCAGUCCUGUAACCGUGUCCCAGUCCUGUAACCGUGUCCCAUUCCUGUAACCGUGUCCCAGUCAUGUAACUGUGUCCCAGCCCUGUAACCGCGUCCCAGUCCUGUAACCGUGUCCCAGUCCUGUAACCGUGUCCCAGUCCUGUAACCGUGUCCCAGUCCUGGAACCGUGUCCCAGUUCUGUAACCGUGUCCUAGUCAUGUAACUGUGUCCCAGCCAUGUAACCGUGUCCCAGUCCUGUAACCGUGCCCCAGUCCUGUAACUGUGUCCCAGUCCUGUAACCGUGUCCCAGUCCUGUAACCGUGUCCCAGUCAUGUAACCGUGUCCCAGUCCUGUAACCGUGUCCCAGUCCUGUAACCGUGUCCUAGUCAUGUAACCGCGUCCCAGUCAUGUAACCGUGUCCCAGUCAUGUAACCGUGUCCCAGUCCUGUAACCUUGUCCCUGUCCUGUAACCUUGUCCCAGCCCUGUAACCGUGUCCCAGUCCUGUAACCGUGUCCCAGUCCUGUAACCGUGUCCCAGUCCUGUAACCGUGUCCCAGUCCUGUAACCGUGUCCCAGUCAUGUAACCGUGUCCCAGUCCUGUAACCUUGUCCCAGCCCUGUAACCUUGUCCCAGCCCUGUAACCGUGUCCCAGUCCUGUAACCGUGUCCCAGUCCUGUAACUGCGUCCCAGUCCUGUAACCUUGUCCCAGUCCUGUAACCGUGUCCCAGCCCUGUAACCGUGUCCCAGUCCUGUAACCGUGUCCCAGUCCUGUAACCUUGUCCCUGUCCUGUAACCGUGUCCCAGUCCUGUAACCGUGUCCCAGUCCUGUAACCGUGUCCCAGUCCUGUAACCGUGUCCCAGUCCUGUAACCGUGUCCCAGUCCUGUAACCGUGUCCCAGUCCUGUAACCGUGUCCCAGCCCUGUCACCGUGUCCCAGUCCUGUAACCGUGUCCCAGUCCUGUAACCGUGACCCAGUC